AUGGGACGCUCUUGCUGUGGAGCCACGCCCUCUCAGGCAGAUACAAUCAACAAAUUUGUGCCAAAAAACUCAGAGACGUCCAGUCGAGAGAACUCUUGUGGAAACGGCGAUAUCCAAAACAAUGAUGACAACAAUACAGAUUCCUCUGCUAAAGCCACAGACACCUGCUACCAAGAGCCUACCGAUUCUUGCAAGGGUAAGGCUCGGCCUGCGGCUUGCGAGGGAGGCUGCUGCGACCAGUCUAGCGAGGCUAUUGGUGAAAAGGAUGUCCCUUCUUUGGGUGCUUCUACCUCUAAGGAAGCUUGUUGUGCAGAAGAUUCUACCAUCAAGGCUGGAAUGCUAAGCCCCAGUGUUUCCUGUCCUGGUACCCCAUGGUUGAGCAAACCUGCUACUUCGGUUGAACCUACCGUGGCAGAGUGCUGCCAGGGCAAGCCUUCGCCCUGCUGUGAUGAAACCUGCCUCGACCGUCUGGCUUUACGUGAGUGUGAUACCGGGUCAAGCACCCAUCGCAUGGAAACAGCUGGAUACUCUUGUUCCUCGAUAUCUACACCGGCGGAAGGUGCGAAGAUCAACCGCGGAGCGUGCGACCGUCACUAUCGCUCAGUUAGAGAGCAGUAUGCUGCUAGGCUUACGGCACUCGGAUGUAUCUGCCGUGCCCUUCUUGCCCUUGGCAAGGAAUCAUGCUGCGAGCCUCGAAAGCGCUCUUCGCUGGGUAAGGGGCGAUGCUCCGAACGACCAUUGAAACAGUCUCUCUCUCGCGUUUCGGUUGAAUCUCGCCGCACAUGUGGAAUGCCUAGAAGUCGAUCGCCCGGCCGAAGUAUCAACCACGGCGGAACGUACAAAAUUGCAGGUGGUGUUCAAAAGAGUGCCAGCCAAGGUUGCUCUGCUAACUCUUGCUGCAAACCCAAUACUACCACAUUCAGUGAUAACUGUGUCGAUCCCUGCGCCCCCGAAGCAGACGGAAGGAAAAUCAAGUCAGCAGAUAGCUCCUGCGCUGAUAUUUGCUGCACCCCCAAAAAGCUAUCCUUACCCAAAGACAAGAAGAGUGGGACCGUCAGCAUCACCCCCGAUCUAGAGGGCCAAGCCAUAGGCGUUGAGCACGCUGUUCUCUCGAUAUCUGGUAUGACCUGCACUGGGUGCGAGACGAAACUCAACAGAACCCUCGCGACAGUGGCAGGCAUUAAGAAUCUGAGGACCAGUCUAGUUCUCUCUCGAGCUGAAUUUGAUUUGGAUCUCAAUCUCUCAACUAUGGACUUUGUUAUGAAGCACUUGGAACGGACUACAGAGUUCAAAUGUGAGAUCAUCACCAGUAAUGGGUCAACUAUGGAUAUGAUUGUUUCUGGGGAUCCAUUCUUGAUCGUCAACCAGGCUUGGCCAGAUGGCGUGAGUGACAUAUCGCUUGUCGAGAAGAGUACUAUUCGCGUUUCUUUUGACCCCGAAGUGGUCGGGGCACGAGAUCUCAUUGAAAAACACUGGGGCGAGAUUGCAAAGCUUGCACCCAUUUGCGCUGACCCAGCACUCGCAGCUGGAAGCAAGCAUGUCCGCCAUUCCGGCUUCAUGACUCUCUUAUCUGCAGUCCUCACGAUCCCAGUGUUGGUCAUGUCAUGGGCCCCCAUCCCUAAGAGAGAAAUUGCCUAUAGCUCUGCCUCACUGGCUUUAGCUACUGUCAUUCAGGUUGUGAUAGCAGGGCCUUUUUAUCCUACAGCUUUGAAGGCCCUUCUCUUCUCGCGAGUCAUUGAGAUGGAUCUUCUUAUCGUCUUGAGUACUAGCGCGGCAUACAUUUUCUCUGUGGUCUCUUUCGGCUUUCUCGUUGCUGGUAACCCUCUAUCCACUAGCCAGUUCUUCGAGACAAGUACCCUUCUGGUUACAUUGAUCAUGUUCGGACGAUAUAUCGCCACUCUUGCGCGACAAAAAGCAGUGGAGUCAAUCUCCAUUCGAUCACUUCAGGCCCAAACUGCCCUUCUUGUGAACCCUUCAAACUCUUCGGAGGCUCAAGAAAUUGACGUUAGGCUACUGCAAUAUGGAGACACAUUCAAAGUCCUGCCUGAUGUGAGAAUCCCCACCGAUGGAACUGUUACAUCUGGUUCAUCAGAAGUAAACGAGUCGAUGCUCACUGGAGAGUCCCGUCCUGUCGAAAAAAAUCCCAAAUCCCGUGUUAUUGCAGGGACUAUCAACGGAUCGGGAAGUCUAGUUGUUAGGCUAACUCGCCUCCCGGGUGACAAUGCCAUUAACACUAUCGCCGCCAUGGUCGAUGAAGCCAAGCUUUCUAAGCCAAAGAUCCAGGAACUCGCGGACAAGGCGGCUUCCUAUUUUGUUCCAGUCAUUGUGGGUUUGACUAUCGUCACAUUUGUUAUUUGGGUUGCUGUUGGCAUAGCAAUACAAGGCAAGACCGGUUCCGAAGCAACCGUCCAGGCUGUCACCUACGCCAUCACCGUGCUUAUUGUCUCCUGCCCUUGCGCCAUUGGUCUCGCCGUACCGAUGGUGGUUGUAAUCUGCAGCGGUAUUGUGGCGGAGCGAGGUGUGAUAUUCAAGUCCGCACAUUCCAUCGAAGUCGCACAUAGGGCCUCUCACGUGGUCCUUGACAAGACAGGAACCCUAACUCGGGGAAAGCUCAGCGUAGCCGUUGAACACUACCUUGAAAAUGGAGAAUCAUGCCUGUCACUUCUUUUGGGCCUGGUUGGCGACAGCAAGCACCCGGUUUCGGUUGCUGUUGUUAAUCAUCUUAGACAUAAGGGGAUUUUUGCAACAACUGUCCCCGACGUUAAAAGCUUAACUGGCCGAGGUGUGGAAGCAAAGCUUGCUAAUCAAUCACUACAAGCUGGAAAUUCUCGCUGGCUAGAGCUUUCCACCCACCCGCUGGUACAGCCGGUGCUUACACAAGGCUACACCGCGUUCUGCUUUACCAUAGACGGUGCACUACUUGCAGUCUUCGGUCUCGAGGACUCUCUCCGAGCUGAUGCAACCCAUGUGGUCAAGGCUCUACAGAAACGCGGGGUCUCCGUUCAUGUGGUAUCAGGCGAUGAUGAAGGCGCCGUGCAAAACGUAGCCACAAAGUUAGGAAUCCCCGAGGGCAACGUUCAUGCUCGGAGCUCUCCGGCAGAUAAACAAGUCUAUAUCAAAAGUCUCCUAGGCAAUUCUUCAGAUGGUAAGGUGCCGAUUGUCAUAUUUUGUGGGGAUGGCACUAAUGAUGCCGUGGCUCUCGCGCAAGCUACCAUUGGCGUUCACAUGAACGAAGGUAGCGACGUUGCCCAGUCUGCAGCUGAUGUUGUGCUUAUGCGUCCAGAUUUGUCUGGUCUCCUCACCGUGAUGAAUGCUAGCAAGGUCUCUGUGAGACGCAUCAAAUUCAACUUCGUUUGGAGCUUUGUUUACAACACAUUUGCUGUGCUCCUUGCGGCCGGGGCCUUUGUGAAUUCCAGAAUUCCACCCCAGUUUGCGGGACUGGGGGAGCUAAUUAGCGUACUGCCUGUCAUCAUCGCUGCUGUGCUCUUGCGCUGGUCCAAGAUCUAG